AUGGAACCAAGUAAUGAAACACAAAUUUCAGAAUUUCUUCUUCUGGGAUUUUCAAAGGAAACAGAACUACAACCAGUUGUUUUUGGAGUUUUCCUUUCCAUGUAUCUAACCACUGUUAUUGGAAACCUGCUCAUCAUCCUAGCUGUCACCUCAGAUUCCCACUUGUACACACCCAUGUACUUCUUCCUUUCCAACCUCUCCUUUAUGGACAUCUGUUUCACCUCCACAACAGUGCCAAAGAUGCUGGUGAAUAUAUACACACAGAGCAAAGUUAUAACAUAUAAAAGCUGCAUCACCCAGAUGUACUUUUUUGUACUCUUUAUAGGUUUGGAUAACUUUCUGCUAACUGUGAUGGCCUAUGACCGCUAUGUGGCCAUCUGUCAUCCCCUGCAUUACAAAGUCAUCAUGAAUGCCAAUGUCUGUAGCUUGCUAGUCCUGGUAUCCUGGAUUGUCAAUGCCCUACAUGCUUUGUUACAAAGCUUACUGGUAUUGCGGCUGUCUUUCUGUAAAGACUUGGAAAUCCCACACUUUUUCUGUGAACUCAAUCAGGUGAUCCACUGUGCUUGUUCUGAUACCUUUCUUAAUGAUGCCGUGAUGUACCUAGCAGCCUUUUUAGUGACUUGUUGUCCCAUUACUGGUAUCCUUUACUCUUACUCUAAGAUAAUUUCUUCUUUACAUGCAAUGUCAUCAUCUCUUCCAAGAUAUAAAGCAUUUUCCACAUGUGCAUCUCACAUCUCAGUGGUCUCCUUAUUUUAUGGCUCUGGGCUAGGUGUGUACCUUAGUUCUGCUGUUACCCAGAACUCACACUCAACUGCAGCAGCCUCAGUGAUGUACUGCAUCACCACACCCAUGCUGAAUCCUUUCAUCUACAGUCUGAGGAACAAGGACAUUAAGGAUGCUCUGAAAAGACUCUUUGGAAAGGCAACUAAAACAUAUUCAUUUUCCUGA